AUGUCUUCGAUUCUCCGUCGCCUCCAAGGAGGAAACCUGGAAGUAUUCAAGUUCGGCAUGUACGUUCUCUUUCCCAUCGGCUGGAUGUACUACUUCGGCACGAAUCUCGACGAGCGCUUCAGUGUCCCCGGGUUCUGGCCAACAGCCGAACAAUCGCACAAGAUUCCGCUGGAGAAGGAAGAAAUUGACCAGGAACUGGCGCGCAUGCGGAGGGUUGAUGCCUUGAAGAGGGAGCGGCGGGAGCGGCAGUUGGCCAUGCAGCAGGAACUAGAGGCCCAAUCUCAAGCCUUGGCGCAGGCGCAGGCGCAAAGUCAAAAUCAGUCGGUGUCGGAGUGA